AUGCACCGGCCCGACAGCAUCUUGGAAUUACCCGAGAUAUUUAGAACAGCAGCCCAGAAUAGCCGGCUCUGGAAAUGGGAAAGAAGUCAAGAACUGGAGACGACAGGAUGUUUAGCUAAGGGUGAUGCUCAGGACCGUUUCCCUCACGAUCUGGUGUGGUCACAACGAGGUAUACCGUCUCAUCAGUAUCUCUGGAAUGGAGCUUACUAUGUCAUCCUAGACCUGGAAAUAUACGCUAGCAACUCUGACGUAUACCUCUCUGUAUAG